AUGCAAACAGCUCCACCGCCGUAUUCGCUGACAAAUCCAUGCUUACCUCCUGUUGAUAUACAUCACAAACGAUGGCCUCCCGACCCACCGCCACCUUUUGAAUGUUUUCCGGCAUAUCCUGCUGGUCCAAGACUGGAGAAGAUCGAAUAUCCAAAGAAUGUGCCCGGGCCGACGUAUGCCUGUCCUCAUUGUGAUGGAAGUUUUUUGUACCACAGACCGACGGGUCUGGUUGAAUGCCCGUUCUGCCAUUCCACAGUAUCAAUCGGGAAUUAUAUUCGUUUCCAAGCACUGUCACAUUUGUUUUUGGCGAUGUUCCUCCUUCUCAUCAGCAUCAGCUUUUUCAUUGUUAUUUUGAUGGCUGUUAGCACAUCACAAGUUUAUUUUUAUGUUGCCGCUGGUAUGAUUGCGUUUUGGGCAAUAGCUGUAUUCGUAAGAGCCGUACAUUUACGCUCGACAUAUAAGGAGACAGCAAGAGUGGAAUUCUAG